AUGACUUCUGAACAGAAAUAUCCUGGUUAUGAAGAAAUUACGUUUUAUUUAAUGCGAUAUAAAAAAUCUUUUUGGGGUUUCCUACUUUGCUAUCGAGAUACAAUCAUUAAUACCACUAUACCUAUUUCUCAUAGACAGAAUCUCGAAGGUGGCUGGGUUGAUUCAGAAUGGAAACGCUAUAAUUUUGAGAAUUAUUGGAAUGAUAUAAUCUUAGAAUAUAAAAUAAAAGAAGAUAUCUUGGUCUGUGAAACAGAAGAAGCUCGCAUUCAGGGUGAACUAUUACAUCUUCGGUACAAACUAUCUGAAAUACAAGAAAACAUAAAAUUGCAAAAUAACUUGGAAAUGGAUAAAGAUUCGGUUAAUGAAGAUCCUGUAUAUAAUGAUAUAUACGUUUAUGAACGUGUAACUAAAAAACGACGAUCAUCACGACAACCAUCGCGACGACAACCAUCACAUAAUUUCGAAGAUAAUAAUUAUAACAAUGGCAGUGGUGACGAUAACAACAAUAACAAUUCAU